GAGUUGUGGCAACACUGAGUGUAGCGGCAGUAGUGACCAGGAAGGUGCUGGUCAGGUUACGUUGACUCCAGUUUUCUGCGCUUUAAUUUGACAAAGAGGAACGUUUUUUUUGUCAUUUCGUGUAGUCAAGAUGAUGGCUUACGCUGACAUAGAUGAAGAUCUCGCAUAUGGGGAUGAAGAUGGAGAUGAAAUUUCUCCUGACAUCUGGCAGGAGGCUUGCUGGCUUGUAAUCUCCUCUUACUUUGAUGAGAAAGGCCUGGUACGGCAACAGCUGGACUCAUUUGAUGAGUUCAUAACUAUGACUAUACAGAGAAUUGUUGAAGAUUCUCAAGCUAUUGAUCUACAGGCUGAGGCUCAGCAUACAGGUGGUGAACUGGAGACCCCGCCUCGUCACCUGCUAAAAUUUGAGCAGAUUUAUCUCAGUAAGCCUACCAACUGGGAAAAGGAUGGUUAUAAUUACAGUAUGAUGCCUAAUGAGGCCCGCUUGAGGAACCUGACUUACAGUUCUCCACUAUAUGUUGAUAUAGUUAAGACUGUCAUCAGGGAAGGAGAGAAGCCUAUAGAACAUAAGGAUGAAAAAAUUUACAUUGGUAAAAUCCCCAUCAUGCUGCGAUCAACAUACUGCUUAUUGAGUGGGCUCACUGAUCGUGACCUUCAUGAGGUGAACGAGUGUCCCCUUGAUCCCGGGGGAUAUUUUAUUAUCAAUGGCUCUGAGAAGGUGCUGAUUGCCCAGGAGAAGAUGGCAACUAAUACUGUAUACGUCUUCAGCAUGAAAGAUGGGAAAUAUGCAUAUAAAUGUGAAAUCCGCUCCUGUAUUGAGCACUCUGCUCGACCUGUGUCAACACUCUGGAUCAACAUGAUGGCUAGGGGCGGUAGUAGUGCAAAAAAAUCAGCUAUUGGUCAGCGGAUCAUUGGUGUUCUACCAUAUGUGAAACAGGAAAUUCCAGUGAUGAUUGUUUUUCGGGCGCUAGGAUUUGUAGCAGAUAGAGAUAUCCUGGAGCACAUCAUCUAUGAUUUCGACGAUCCAGAAAUGAUGGAAAUGGUAAAACCAUCUUUGGAUGAAGCCUUCGUAAUUCAGGAGCAAAAUGUUGCUCUUAAUUUCAUUGGAGCGCGUGGUGCAAGGCCUGGCGUUACGAAGGAAAAACGUGUCAAGUACGCUCGAGAAAUUUUGCAGAAGGAAAUGUUGCCACAUGUUGGUGUGUCAGACUUCUGUGAGACUAAGAAGGCCUAUUUUCUUGGCUAUAUGGUUCAUAGACUGCUGUUGGCAGCCUUAGGUCGACGAGAACUAGACGAUCGUGAUCACUAUGGAAACAAGAGGUUGGAUUUGGCUGGUCCUCUUAUGGCACUGCUCUUCAGAGGAUUGUUCCGAAAUUUGAUGAAAGAAGUGAGGAUGCAUGCACAAAAACUCCUUGAUAAGGGUCAAGAAUAUGGGUUGGAUGCUGCUGUUAAACCUAAGCUCAUUACAGAUGGCCUUCGAUAUUCUCUUGCCACGGGAAUGGGGAGUUCAAAAAGGCCCCAAAAAGGCCCCACGAGCGGGGUGUUUCUCAGGGGCUACCAAAAUUUUUUUGUUAAGGGUUUGCGGGGUUUUGGCAUUAAAACGGACCCAGAGCAACUCAUGAGACUCUCCUCUCCUCGUAACACUUACCAAAGUGCUAUGGGUAAGCAGGCGAUGGGUGUGUAUAUUACAAAUUUCCACGUGAGGAUGGACACCCUUGCACAUGUGCUGUUCUACCCUCAGAAGCCGCUAGUUACCACACGUUCCAUGGAAUACCUGCGCUUCCGAGAAUUGCCUGCAGGGAUCAACUCCAUUGUUGGCAUUGCAUGUUACACUGGCUACAAUCAAGAAGAUUCUGUCAUUAUGAACCUGUCUACAGUAGAACGUGGAUUCUUCCGUUCCUGCUUCUACCGCUCUUACAAAGAUGCAGAAACAAGACGCUCUGGCAUGCAGGAUGAGAUGUUCGAGAAGCCUUCAAGAGAUACUUGCCAAGGUAUGCGACAUGCGAUAUACGACAAAUUAGAUGAUGAUGGCAUUAUCUCGCCUGGCAUGCGUGUGUCUGGUGAUGACGUGAUCAUUGGCAAGACCAUCACACUGCCAGAAAAUGAGGACGAAUUAGAAGGCCAAACACGUCGGUUUAGCAAGAGAGAUGCCAGUGUAUUUUUGAGAGGCUCAGAAACUGGAAUUGUUGACCAAGUCAUGUUGACUGUGAAUGUGGAUGGAGAUCGUUUCACCAAGAUUCGUGUAAGAUCUGUGCGCAUCCCCCAGAUUGGCGACAAAUUUGCUUCUCGGCAUGGACAAAAGGGUACUUGCGGUAUCCAGUACAGAGUAGAGGAUAUGCCCUUCACGGUAGAAGGCAUCACACCCGACAUUAUCAUUAACCCUCAUGCCAUUCCUUCUCGAAUGACAAUUGGCCAUUUAAUUGAGGCUCUUCAAGGGAAGCUUGGUGCGAAUAAAGGUGAAAUUGGUGAUGCUACGCCUUUCAACGAUGCUGUGAAUGUACAGAAGAUUUCUAAUUUGUUACAAGAAUAUGGUUAUCACUUGAGAGGCAAUGAGAUUAUGUACUGUGGCCACACUGGACGAAAGAUGAAUGCACAAAUUUUUUUAACACCCACAUACUAUCAACGUCUGAAGCAUAUGGUGGAUGAUAAAAUCCAUUCCCGUGCUAGAGGGCCUGUGCAAAUCCUGGUUAGGCAGCCUAUGGAAGGUCGUGCAAGGGAAGGUGGUUUGCGAUUUGGUGAGAUGGAGCGGGAUUGCCAGAUAGCUCACGGUGCUGCGCAGUUCCUGCGUGAGCGUUUAUUUGAGGUCAGCGACCCAUACUCUGUCCAUGUUUGCAACAUGUGUGGGCUGAUGUGCAUAGCAAACCUACGCAACAAUACCUUUGAAUGCAAGGGAUGUCGCAACAAGACUCAGAUCUCACAAGUGAGACUCCCAUAUGCAUGUAAAUUGCUGUUUCAAGAGCUCAUGUCCAUGAAUAUUGCUCCUAGGAUGAUGGUGAUGAAGUAAAGCAAUACCUAUGGAAUAAAAUAUUUUUUCCAGUAACCUGAUGUAUGGACUAAAUGAUGGUGAACGUGUUUCCUCCUAUACAUGGGAGACGACCAUUGAAGUAAAAAAAAAAAUGGAAACCCUUUAUUUAUGGAAGCUAAGUAUAUCCAUGUAGGUAGUAGGUUGGUAGACAGCAACCACCCAGGGAGGUACUACCGUCCUGCCAAGUGAGUGUAAAACGGAAACCUGUAAUGGUUUUACAUGAUGGUAGGAUUGCUGGUGUCCAUUUUUCUGUCUCAUAAACAUGCAAGGUUUCAGGUACGUCUUGCUACUUCUACUUACACUUAGGUCACACUACACAUACAUGUACAAGCAUAUAUAUACACACCCCUCUUGUUUUCUUCUAUUUUCUUUGUAGUUCUUAUUCUUGUUUAUUUCCUCUUAUCUCCAUGGGGAAGUGGAACAGAAUUCUUCCUCCAUAAGCCAUGUGUGUUGUAAGAGGCGAUUAAAAUGCCGGGAGCAAGGGGCUAGUAACCUCUUCUCCUGUAUAUAUUACUAAAUGUAAAAGGAGAAACUUUCGUUUUUCCUUGUGGGCCACCCCACCUCGGUGGGAUACGGCCGGUGUGUUGAAAGAAAGAAAGAAGUAUAUUCUUAUGCACACCAAAUUAAAUCAGGUUUUAUUUUUAUAAAUUUUAUUUUCACAAGGUUUGAGAGUAAGUAUUACAAUAGGAUCUCAAUGAAUUUAAAUUAUUAUUGCAAAAUGUUUGAAACUAAAGAGAAUAAAAUGCUGUAUUAUCUGAUUUUUGUGUGGUCGCACAAACACACUUAAAACAUGAUUUAAAAAGUUGCAUUUUACAUUGAAUGUCAGUAUCUUUGUUACAUUUAUUUUGUUCUCAUUUUUGGUGGAAAACUGUUUAUGUUGAAAUGAUGAACUGAAACUUACUUUACAGUUGGAAGUUUAGCUUUAAUUUGGUACAUAUUUGUUUUUAGUGUCUUGAUUAUUUUAAUCCAUAAAUAAACAAAUGGUGAGUGGUUGGGCCAUUAAUUUGAUGUACCUGCAGAAAUUUUAUGCAUUUUUUUUUUUUUUUUUUGGUUGAGUUGGAGCUUUAGUUUGAUGUACUUAGACGAAAUAUGAUUUAAAUUGUAUGGUGGCUACUUUAAUUUUCACACUACUUGUAAGUGCUUUUACUUAAAUGAUUUGAUUAGCACUUCAUAUAAUUAAAUUACUACUUUCAAUUCAGAUUGAUACUUAAGAACCCUUGUGGGUUUAGCACUUAGUUACGAUUAUAAUUUUAUAACUGAGAUUUCAGGUAGUGAAAAAAAGCAGAUAUUAAUGUUCAGGAACAAUUUCUUUGGAGGGACAUCUAAACUGUCGUCAGAGUGUCUGCAAAGACAGUGAUUAUGUAUGGAUGAUGAAAUUGUUGAACGAUGAUGGAAUUUUUUUUCUUUAUUUUUGGGUCGCCCUGCCUCAGUGGGAAAUGCCAGAUGUGUUAAAAGAAAAAAAAAAACUUUAGAUGAAGAUCUGUAAGUUUUAGUAAUAUAUAAGGGGGGAAAUUCUUGUAUUUUUUGGCAACUCUGCAUUUUCCUCUGUACAGGCAAAUGUAAAUACUGGUACUGAAAUUAUUGUAAAUGCUGUUUGGUGUUGAAUUAGCAAUCAUUAUUAUUUGGACAUUAUAUUUAGGAAUAAUGUUACAGUAAUAACUUGCAUUUUAAUUAUAUUAUUAUCAGAAAAGAAGCGUUAAACCUACAUGGGUCAUACAGCUCAGCAGGGCAGGAAACGAUGCAGGGGUAGUGGGUAGCAGGAGGGAUUAUUAGGUCAUGGAGUGCAGCUCAUCUUACUCACGGGUCUCUCAUGAAGAGGUGCCCUGUUCCACUCUGAGAAUUGUCAGGUUCCAGGUUCUGUUAGCCAUAUUCUGUUGUACUGCCCACUCUAUCAGUGUGCAUGCAGAAUUUACCUCCAAUGUUAUCCUGCUCUACUGCCCUUACUUUACCUUCCCUUCUUGCUGAUGGAUUCUCCUUUAACCCUGACUCUCCUGUUGACUUUUUGAUAGCAACUAACUGAUUUACUGCAUAAACUCUGAUAAUGAUGCCUCUGACAUUCCUGACAGCCCUUUCUACCUCAAUCUUUUGUUACCCUCUACCCCUGCACUAUCCACUGCCCCAUUGCACUCCAUGACUUAAAAAUAAUAAUCCUUCUCCUCUUGCUUCCCAAUACCCCUGCACCCUUCCCUGUCCUGCUGCGCUGUAUCAUCCUUGUAGGUUUAGCGCUUCAUUAUUAUCAUAAUAAAAUGGAGUGCAGCAAGGCAGUGGUUAGUGCAGGGGUAGAGGGUAGCAAGAGAUUAAGGUAGAAGGGGCUGUGAGGAGUGCUAGUCAUCAUCAUCAGAGUUUGUGCAGUAAAUCAGUAAAUCAGUCAAUGCGAGUCUGAGUUAAAGGAGGGUCCAUCAGCAAGAAGGGAAAGUAAAGUAAGGGCAGUAGAGUGGCAACGAUGUUGGAGGUAAAUUCUGUGUGCUUGUUGAUAGUGGGCAGUCCAUUUUUAAUUAUAAAAUUUAUUCAAAUGCAAUUAAUCACUUCUUUUGGUGAAAGUUUUGGUUUGGAAUGGUAGAGCCUAUCAUACACUUCUCUCAAGCUUAUGUGGAAUUCAUAACUGGUUUAGGAAGAAUGUAUCAUUUUUACUGUGCAUCAGAAUUACUUUAUUCCUUAACAUUAAAAUAUAUAUUUUCAAUAAAAUUAAAAAUUAA